GCACUGCGCGCCCGCCCGCCGGGCCCGGCACCGCACCGCGAGGCGCAGCGGGACCCGCGUCGCGACCCCCGAGGCGCAGCGGGAGCGGCACGGCGAGCGGCGGCGGGAGUCGGUGCCGGUGUCGGCGGGGCAGCGCCGGCCCCCGCCCGCGCCCCGCCCCGGCGCGGCGGCGGCGGGCGGCGGGGGGCGGCGGGGAGCGGAGGCGAUGCGGAGCGGCGGCGGCCCGGGGGAUGGUCCCCGCCGCGGGCACGCCAGCAUGGAGCAGCAAGCAGGACCACCAAAGCCAAGACCUGCAAGACCCAGCACGCACCCACAGCCCAAGGAGGGGAUGCUGUGGGGGGUCCUCGCCAUCCUGUCACUGCUGGCCGGGCUGGCGGCGGGCACCGUGCGGACCCCGCACUGCAACGAGACGCUGGAUGCAGCCCCCACACCGCGGGGCACGGCCACGGCCAGCACGGAGGACGGCGUGGAGGUGCCGCUCGCCUGGAGCCAACUGCACGGUGACAACGUGACGACGGGAGCCCCGGGUGGCACGGAGCUGGCGGAGGACCUGCUGCUGCGUGCCGAGCGCUCGCCGCCGGGCACCGGCAAAGCCAAGAAGGGACAGCGGAAAGCUUCGCGUGGUGCCCGCGGGCGCAACUGCCACAUCCGCAACCUGAUGGUGAAGGUGCGAGACCUGGGGCUGGGCUUCAACUCGGACGAGAUCGUGCUCUUCAAGUACUGCAGCGGGUCGUGCCACCGGGCGCGCAGCAACUACGACCUGACGCUGGGCAGCCUGCUGCGGCAGCAGCUCAUCGUGCCGGGGCCGCAGGAGCGCGUGCUCAGCCACCCCUGCUGCCGGCCCACGCGCUACGAGGCCGUGUCCUUCAUGGACGUGCAGAACACGUGGCAGACAGUGGAGAAGCUCUCGGCGGCCGAGUGCAGCUGCAUCGGUUGAUGGGUGGGCUGCCGGCUCGUCCUCGGCUCGACACGCGCUGCCGAUCCCCGGCCUGGAGGGAGGCAGAAGGGCGGUCCCGGUGUGACACGGCCACGAGGGACCGAGGUGAUGCGGUUGCGGGGGGUUCUGCAACCGAGCCCCUCCGCUCGGUGCCAAGCGGAGAGCCGGGGGGUGCGCCCCAACCUGGGAGAGAUGGAGGGGAUGGAGCAUCCCUAUGCCGGACUGCUGUCCCCGCAUCCCCGCGAGCAUCGGAGGGGACGGGAGCGGGGCAGGAGGGGACACCCAGGGGGGGCUCCCCGAGGACAGGGGCCAACGUGCAGCAGCAUGGGGCGACGCCCAGCCCCAGCCCUGGGUCCCUGCCCGGCUCCGAGGGUCCCCGCGGCGCUGCGGCACUCAACUAUUUAUUGCUCUAAGUUAUUUAUUUAUUGUUCUCGAGCGGCAGCUCCUAUUUAUGACUUUGGGCCCGCGGGGCCGGGUGUAAUGCAACCCCAGCGCUGAUGCGAAGCCCCGGCCUCGGGCUCCUCGUGCCCGCAGCGUUUGUUUUUUGUUUUUUUUGGGGUUUUUUUUGUUUUGUUUUUCUAUUAUUUGUUAAAAAGAAAAAAAGAAACAUGGGAGGAUAAACUCUAUUUUUGUACAGCCGCCUUUUCCCGUAGCAAUAAAGCGAUGGGCCGCCCGGCCGACCCCGCA